UGCCGCUGGUUUCCGGUUAGCGACACAGCAGAUCGCAGGAGCGCAGUCGACUGGUUUCACGUAGCUGUCGAGUCCCGGCUUGUGGAAGUCUGCCCUUUUGUUUUUAUCCCAGUUCCCAGUCUAACGCUUGAAAAUGACCGAUGGGUUGGAAUGCGCGGACGGGAAGAUUGUGAAGAUGGAGGUGGAUUACAGCGCCACCGUGGAGCAGCGCAUCCCCGAGUGCGAGGAGCUGGCAAAAGAAGGAAAACUUCAAGAAGCUGUUGAAAAACUUUUGAACUUGGAAAAGCAGACCAGAACGGCCUCAGACAUGAUCUCCACCUCCAGGAUUCUGGUUGCUAUAGUGCAGAUGUGCUACGAAGCCAAAGACUGGGACGCUCUGAACGAGAAUGUAAUGCUGCUGUCCAAGAGGAGAAGCCAGCUGAAACAGGCUGUUGCCAAGAUGGUCCAGGAGUGCUACACCUAUGUGGAGAAGGUGACAGAGCUGCCAAUCAAGCUGCGAUUCAUUGACACACUGCGCACCGUCACUGCAGGGAAGAUCUAUGUAGAAAUCGAGCGUGCCCGGCUGACAAAGACCCUGGCGAACAUCAAGGAGCAGAGCGGAGAAGUGAAGGAGGCAGCUGCAAUCCUGCAGGAGCUGCAGGUUGAGACCUACGGUUCGAUGGAGAAGAAGGAAAAGACAGAGUUCAUCUUGGAACAGAUGAGGCUGUGUCUGGCUGUGAAGGACUACAUCCGGACUCAGAUCAUCAGCAAGAAAAUCAACACCAAGUUCUUCCAGGAGGAAGGCACUGAGGAGUUGAAGCUUAAAUAUUACAAUUUAAUGAUUCAAGUGGAUCAGCAUGAGGGAUCCUACCUCUCGAUCUGCAAACACUACCGUGCGAUCUACGACACCCCCUGCAUCCAAGAAGACAGCACCAAAUGGCAGCAGGCUCUGAAGAGUGUUGUUCUAUAUGUGAUCCUGGCUCCCUAUGACAAUGAGCAAUCAGAUCUGGUCCACAGGAUAAACACAGACAAAAAGCUGGAAGACAUUCCGAAGUACAAGGAGCUCCUGAAGCAGUUCACCACCAUGGAGCUGAUGCGCUGGGCUGCCCUGGUGGAGGACUACGGGAAGGAGCUGAGAGAGGGUUCUCCAGACAGCCCGGCGACGGACGUGUUCAAUAACACAGAGGAGGGGGAGAAGAGAUGGAAGGACCUGAAGAACAGGGUUGUGGAGCAUAAUAUAAGAAUAAUGGCAAAGUAUUACACACGGAUUACAAUGAAGAGAAUGGCUGGGCUUCUUGAUCUUUCUGUUGAUGAAUCCGAGGAGUUCCUCUCAAGCCUGGUAGUGAGUAAGACCAUCUAUUCAAAAGUGGACCGCAUGGCUGGAAUCAUCAACUUCCAGAGGCCAAAGGACCCCAACGACAUUCUCAACGACUGGUCCCAUAAACUCAAUUCACUGAUGGCACUCGUUAACAAAACCACACACCUCAUCGCCAAGGAGGAAAUGAUCCACAACUUGCAGUAGAAGACUUUGUGAGUGUGUGCGGGAUGCCUUUUGAACGGGGCGCGGCAAACAGAGUUCAUCCGAAAGCCCCCUCCGUACAGUAUGACUGUUGGCUUUGUAAAAAUGUCACCUGAUUCAGGUUUAAUUAACCUCUUAGGAUGGGUUUAAACUUGUGUAAUAGUAAGUGCGUUUCUUUAUGGAUCAGUUGUUGGAGAGGGGUGUAAUACCUUGUUAUACCAUUCUAAUGUAAUAUCUGUUUGCACCAACAAUACCAUCCAGCAUACCCAAGGUAUUCCAUUGAAGAGCACAUGUCUAAUUGGAAGGACGGCUCUUGUGAGAAUCCCAGUCCUUCAAUCUUAUUCUUUUGUUUUUUGUUCCUCAUGCAUGUAUGCUCGUUCUUAUGAUGUUGGUUACUGAUGGGGCAUCAUUUCCUACUGUAUUCUGACAGGUUUUACAUUCAGGCGUUAUAAUAAGGGAUGUAGAGUCAAAUAGAAACUGGUCAAUCUGUGCUAUAUUAAAAUAUUGCUAUAAA